AGUUUCAUGUACACUUAUGCUAAUGCUGGAGAUCUACAGCUUUACAUUGACAAUAUUUACAAAAGCAAUUCAAAAUAAGAAAAAUUGAAAAACAAGGAACUUAAAAAAUCCCCAAAACAGGCAGGCCCUGUUGAAAAUUUUAACUCCUCAACUUUACUCAACUUUCAGGAUACCUACAAAAGAGACAGAGGAGGUUCCUUUGACCUGAACCUAAACCUAAACAGAGAUUGACUCCAGUGUCCUUCUGCUCAUGACAGAUGAUCAGCUUAAGGAGUAUCUCCCAUCUUAUGGUGACCGACUGGCACUUCUCGGAUAUUGCAGACGAAGGGAAAAUGAUCCUGCUGGCCGGAAAUCAAAACCUUUUGACCGAUUGAGAGCCAAGAUUUCAAGGAACAAAGGCAACGAUCAAAAGCAGAUCUCAGAAAAUGUUAGCAUCAGAAAUGCUCAAAAAACUGUUCGAAAAGUUGAGAUAGGAUGGAUGAAUUCUCGAGAUGGGGAGCUUUUACAAGUUCGGACAAAGAAAGGUGGUGGAACAAGAAAAAUUUAUGUGUCAAAGGACUGUAGAAAAAAUGACUUAAUUGAAAAGGCAGUGGGUUUGUUUUUUCCGUCUCAAAGAAAUUCACAUGGAAGAAUUACAGAUUUUGAGGUUGACAUGACAGAUUUCCAGGAACAUUCACUUGAUGAACAUAUUACAGUUGGAGAACUUUAUGAGCAGACAAAACUACCUGUUUUGCGUUUUUACCUAACAACCAAAAAGAAGGACACUGGCAGCGACUCAGAACCAGACAACCCCAGUGGAAAUGACCAAGACACUUUAAGGUUUUCUACUCACUCUCAAGUUUGCACACCACUGACUCAAUCCAAAGCACCAGACAGCAUUGAUGCCAUAUAUGUUGGAACCAGCAGUGUCCUGACAAACAGCAGCAGUGAUAAUGUUCACCUAGUUUACUCUACUGAUGACAUGGGUGAUUUGUCCAAUGUCCAAGAGCUAGAUGCAGGAAUCAAUGGGGACAUUUUAGAAGACAGUGGCACUGUUACCUUUUUCACAGGACACAUUUCUGACACAGAUAGUGUCAGUCUUGAUGACACCCUUCCUCUGUCUCCACAGCCAUCUAGUCCAGUGCUUUCUUCUUCACAAUUUGAUUCUUUGAACGAGCCAAUUGUUCAGAGAGAAGGGAUUAAGAAAAUCCUUGUUCUUCACCGUGGCCAGAUCCUGAAAGAACUAAUUUCACAUUUUUGUGAUCCAGGUGUCACUCAGGAGGACAUAUGUAUUCAAGUGGUGCUCCCUGAUGGAAGGCGAGAAAAGGCUGUUGAUGAUGGAGGAGUUUUGAGGGAUGUCCUCUCAGAAUUUUGGCAGGACUUUUAUGAACAGUGUACAAUGGGCAAUAACUUUAAGGUGCCCUACUUGCGUCAUGAUUUUGUACAGCAACAAUGGGAAAGCAUUGGCCGAAUUAUUGCCUUUGGCUGGCAAAAACAGAAGUACCUGCCUAUAAAACUUGCUCCAAUUUUCAGAGUGUUGACAAAGAAGAGCUUCUGGAAAUCAUGGAUAUCCAUAACUGUCGAAGAGUACCAACAGCUGAUAACAUAG